CUCCCCGCAAUUUCCCCCUUCAAUUUCUCCAGCUUCGUCAUUCCUUCUCUUCUGCUGUUUCUUCCUCUUGGUCGAUAAUCGGAACCCUCUGCAUCCAUCGCUCCCUUUCAAUCCCCUCGACAUGCUUCAUUUCCGCACGGAGGGUUACAACGGCUAUGCAGUCAAAUACUCCCCCUUCUUCGAUAACCGACUAGCUGUCGCCUCUUCCGCCAACUUCGGUCUCGUCGGCAAUGGGCGCCUAUAUAUCCUGGAAUUGACGCCAAAUGGCAUCGUGCCGGCCAAAUGGUUCACUACCCAAGACUCCCUGUAUGACCUCGCCUGGUCCGAGAUCCACGAACAACAAGUCCUCGCCGCCUCCGGUGACGGCAGCAUCAAACUCUUCGACUGCACCCUGAACGACUUCCCCGUUCAAAAUUGGAAAGAGCAUAAUCGCGAGGUUUUCAGUGUACACUGGAACCUUGUCGCAAAGGACCGCUUCUGCUCUAGUAGCUGGGACGGUACCGUGCGCAUCUGGUCCCCGCAUCGUUCACACUCCCUCGUGACACUCCCGACACAUAGCUGCACCUAUUCCGCCGCCUGGACGCCAUAUUCCCCGGAUAUUCUCUCCUGUGUCUCUUCCGACUCCUACCUGCGGGUCUUUGACCUCCGUACACCAGCGUCCGCCUCAAACCACCUCACCCUCCAGAUCCCCAUCCAUGCUGCUCCCGUGUCUCCGAUCCCGGGGAAACCAGGUGUCCCGCCUGCCGCCUGUGCGCCGUCUGAAGCUCUCACCCAUGACUGGAACAAGUACCGGCCGUCUAUAGUGGCCACGGCUGGCGUCGACCGUACCAUCCGGACUUUCGAUAUCCGUGCCCCACAGCAGGGCCCGCAGACCGUGAUGAUCGGGCAUGAGUACGCGAUCCGCAAGGUCACCUGGUCCCCGCAUCUAUCCAAUGUGCUGCUCAGUGCAAGCUACGAUAUGACCUGCCGUGCGUGGAGUGACCAGUCCGCUCCAGGAGCGAUUGGAGACGUAGAUAUUAUGCGCUCCGGUCCUUCACCAGUCAUGGGUGCUGAGCUCGGCCGGAUGAACCAGCAUACGGAGUUUGUCUUUGGUGUUGACUGGUGCCUUUUCGGGAGUGAGGGGUGGUGUGCGAGUGUAGGCUGGGAUGAGAGCGUGUAUGUGUGGGAUGUUCGUGCUGUUAUGGGUUAGGAUAGACAUGACUUUUUUUUUCCCCCCCUUCUCUCUUUCUUCUUUUUUGUGUAUUGGAUACUUAGAUUGCAUGAUACCUCUUUCUUCUUCUUCUACUUCUUCUUCUUCUUCUUCUCUUUGGGCUAGUGCAGCCAGCCAAGCAUUGAUUUGUUUUAUUCCUUGGACUAUAUCCAGUCUACUUAUAUAACAAAAAGUUUUCAUCCUCCUCCAAGCACUUUUUCCCCCUCCCCCCUCCCUUGAGUAGAAGUCAAAUAGAGAAAGAAACACGGGGUAUAUAUAGAUAUAUCAAAAGAGAGGGGAAAAGAAAGAGAGAAAAAAAAAAAGAAAGCACAAAAAUUUACUUUGUAAGCCUAGCCUCCACCUUGGUCCUCUCCGCCUCCCUCACCAUUGCAAUCU